UGGUAAAAUAACCGCAUUUUGUGCACGUCUACCACUACCAGCCCUAGAAAAAAAGAUCAAUACUCGAUUGCUUUGGCUCUCAUCUACCAUGUCCCGAUUUCCUCCACCACAGUAACAAUUAGCAAAAUAAUGGCAACGCUCACUCUCCAGUUCUCUCGCGUUACGUGCCACCACAUUCCUCUCUUCACUACUUUUUUCACUCGCUCUUCCCUCAUUCUCCGCAAAUCUUGUGCCACCUCCUUCCGCCGGAAUUUCGACCGAACUCAUUGUUUAUUUGGUUACCGCACCUUCCAUCGCGGCUUCUCUGUUGCCUCCGCUUCGAGCUCUCCUGAUUGGAGUAGUUACGCUGGAACAAAUGAUGAAAAAUAUGAUGUCAUUGUAGUCGGAGGAGGACAUGCAGGUUGUGAAGCGGCCCUUGCGUCUGCUCGUUUGGGGGCAAAAACUCUUCUUCUCACCCUAAAUAUAGAUCGAAUAGCAUGGCAGCCUUGCAACCCAGCAGUGGGUGGACCUGCAAAAUCUCAACUAGUUCAUGAAGUAGAUGCUCUUGGUGGUGAAAUCGGAAAAGUUGCAGAUAGGUGCUAUUUACAAAAGCGUGUGCUGAACGUUUCAAGAGGUCCUGCAGUUCGAGCUUUGCGUGCACAAACGGACAAAAGGGAGUAUGCUAUGCAAAUGAAAAUGAUAGUUGAAAGCACUCCAAACCUUUCUAUCAGAGAGGCAAUGGUAACAGAUAUCUUACUAGGAAAGAAUGACAAUGUGGAAGGUGUCCGCACUUUUUUUGGGAUGAAUUUCUAUGCUCCUUCUGUUAUUCUCACAACUGGAACUUUUAUGAGCGGCAAAAUCUGGGUUGGCAGAACUUCUAUGCCUGCAGGAAGAGCUGGUGAGUCAUCUUCACAGGGACUCACUGAGAACUUGCAGUCCCUUGGGUUUGAAACUGAUCGAUUAAAAACUGGGACUCCAGCAAGAGUGGAUAUUCGUACUGUAGAUUUUUCAGGAUUGGAACCUCAGCAUGGGGAUGAAGAGGUCAGCUGGUUUAGUUUUGAUCCUGAUGUACACAUUGAAAGGGAACAAAUGUGUUGCUAUCUGACACGCACUAACAAAAUCACUCAUCAGCUUAUAAAGGAGAACUUGCAUGAAACUCCCACUUAUGGAGGGUGGAUUGAAGCUAAGGGGCCUAGAUACUGCCCUUCUAUUGAAGAUAAGAUUGUGAGAUUUCAAGAUAAAGAAUCGCACCAGAUUUUUCUUGAACCAGAGGGUCGAAAUGUGCCUGAGCUAUAUGUGCAGGGGUUUUCAACUGGUUUACCUGAGCGACUGCAGUUACCACUCUUGAGAACUUUGCCUGGACUUGAGAAAUGUUCAAUGCUCAGGCCUGCAUAUGCUGUGGAGUAUGAUUUCCUGCCUGCACAUCAAUGCUCUAGGUCUCUCAUGACAAAGAAGGUUGAGGGGCUUUUCUUCUCGGGUCAGAUAAAUGGGACAACAGGUUAUGAAGAGGCUGCAGCACAGGGAAUUAUUUCUGGUAUAAAUGCUGCAAGACAUUCAGAUGGCAAGCCUCUCAUUGUUCUUGAAAGAGAAAGCAGUUAUAUAGGCACAUUAAUCGAUGAUCUGGUCACAAAGGACCUUCGGGAGCCAUACCGUAUGUUAACAAGCCGCUCCGAACAUCGGUUGCUUCUCCGAUCUGAUAAUGCUGAUAGUCGUCUCACACCUUUGGGGCGUGAAAUUGGGUUGAUAGAUGAUAGACGGUGGAAACUGUAUGAGGAUAAGCAAGCUCGAAUUUCUGAGGAGAAAAAGCGUCUAAAAACUGUCAGGAUAUCAGGAGGGGAUUUGGCUGCUGAUGUUACUCGUCUAUCUGCACAGCCUGUGCGGGACUCUUCAACUCUGGAGAGUCUUUUAAAGAAACCACACAUCCAAUAUGAAGUUCUUGAUAGGCAUGGUUAUGGAAAUAAGCUUUUGUCUAGAGAGGAUAAAGAGUGUGUGGAGAUUGAUGUCAAGUAUGAAGGCUUCAUUAAACGUCAGCAGCUUCAACUCCAACAGAUGGCUCAUCAGCAAAAUAGACCACUUCCACAAGACUUGGAUUACUAUGCAAUGACAACUUUGUCCCUUGAAGCACGUGAGAAACUCUCCAAGGUUAGACCCCAGACUAUUGGUCAAGCAAGCAGAGUGGGUGGGGUGAGCCCUGCUGACGUCACUGCCCUUCUUAUAAUCCUUGAAGCCAAUAGAAGGAAAGCCCAGGAACAAAGAAGGCAAAAAAUAUUGAAUUCCGUUGUGAAAGAUACAAAUUCAAUGUCCAACUCUCCUUUGACGGAGACUAUCAGCUCAUGAUAUGUUCCUAAUGUGCCACAGCUUAUAUUCCCUGAUUGUUAACUAGGGAAUUAUGUUAAUCCUGUCGAGUACGGUAUCAUAGUAGCUCAGGUGCGAGUAGAACAACAUUUAUUUAUUUAUUUUUAGAAUAUAAUCUUCAGCCCUGCUGAUAACUGAAUUGGUAUUUCAACAAGUAGUUUUGGUUGAACUGACUUUUUCUGGACCCUCUUUGGUUUUUUCUGUCAGUUCUGAUUCUGUGGGCUACAAGAAGCAAGUGUUAGAGAAACUUGUUUAGGCAGUUUGGCCGCUUUUAACAAUUAGAGAUAAAAUUGGACUUUCCUUUGUAGUUUGGGCAAUGUAUAUGUUUUUCAAAUUGCUUAUAUUUCUUGUGAUCAAUUGCAUUUAUUUUCCGAUUGCCGCUA